AUGGGUAUCGGCUGUGCAAAAAAAUUAAUUUCGGCCAUUUUCAGAAAAUUAGGAAGAUUAAUCGGACUUCAUCCUUAUUACUUUAUUAUUUUUCCCAUUUUAAUUACCGCAUCAUUCUCAGUUUUUGUUGUUAAUUUAAAAACUUUGAGUGAUAUUGUCGAUCUGACUGUAGCUGACAGAGGAAAAGUUUUCAAUACUAAAAAAUUCAUUGAGCAGACUUUCCCUUUCAACACUUCUACAUUUCUUGAUCCAUUACGAUUUACAACAAUACCAAAAUUUGCGUUUGCAAUGUUUACGAGAAAAGAUGGCGAAAAUAUGCUGGAGAAAAACGUGUUUUUAGAAAUUAAAUCUGUAGAUGAAUUGAUUAGAAAUAUUACAGUUAUAGUUGAAGGUAGAGAAAUAAAAUACAACGACAUUUGUGGACGUAUACAUCAAAAAUGCUUCGAAAAUCCCAUCAUUGAAAUACUACCUGAAGUAGACGACAUCAUAUCGAAGAAAAAGGUAUUAAAAUUUCCAGUUGAUAUAGAUCCUCUGACAUUCUCUUAUCGAAUUUAUUCUCUUAACUUUGGAGGUGUAACCACAAAGGAGAACGAUGUAAUAAAAACAGUAGAAGCUAUGAAACUUGUAUACUUUGUUGACGAAAGUGACCAAGAAAAAUGUUCGAUUGGCGUCUUUUGGUCAAUGGAAGACGAGAUCUUGUCGUUAAAUAAAAAUUUAGAACCAAUGAUAGGAGCAGUGUUUGUCUUCGUUACUGUAUUUUGUAUGGUUACUUGUAUGAGUAACAGUUGGGCAAAGAGCAAGCCAUUUUUAGGUUUGGCAAGUGUGGUAUCGGCAGGUCUGGCAGUUGUCACAUCUUUCGGAUUAAUGUCGAUUCUCGGUAUCCAGAAUACGAUAUGGAACAUUAGCAUUCCAUUUUUAGUCCUAGUUACCGAAAUAGAUGAUGCUUUCGUCUUGAUAGCGUGUUGGAGGAUCUCUAAUCCUAAGCAUAAAGUUUACAAACGCAUGGAGAAGACAUUUGGUGAAGCGGGAGUUUCCAUAACAUUAACUACUUUGACCAAUUUCUUUUCCUACUGCAUCGAAAACAUCGAAGAUGAUUUAGAAGAAGAUCAGAAAUCAGCUGAUGAACCUAUGAUGACAUUUUUCAGAGAUAAAUUAGGGAAUCUUCUUUCUAAUACUCUAAUGAAGAUAACCGUAAUUAUAAUUUUUCUUGUGAAUCUAUCCAUCGGAGUUUGGGGAGCUUUAACUAUUAAUCAAGGGCUUGACUUUAUAAAGUUAUUUCCAGAAGGAUCGCCAGUGGCAAACGGUACAGCAAUGAUUUACAAAUACUUUGGCCGUUAUCCAUACGGUUGUCAAAUAAUUAUCAAUACAACGUUAGAUUAUUCGGAUGUAAAUGUACAGAAAUCCAUAGAAAGACUACAGAAAAAAUUUGAAAGUCUUCCAUACAUUGCAGAAUCACGAUUUUCCACUUCUUGGUUAAAGUAUUACAAAGAAUUCCAACACCAACCGAUAGCAAAGUAUUCAUUACAAGGUUAUAACAUGUCCAUAAAACAAGAUUUUAUUGAUGGACUUCGCAAUGUUUUUCUCAGAUUUGAAGCAGCCAAACAAUUCUCCAAUGAUAUUGUGUUUAAUGAAAACCAAUCCGAAAUUUCGUGUAGUCGAUUUUAUGUAGCAGUAAGCGACAUAUUAAAUCGAGAAGCGGGCAUGGAGUUGUUAAAUAAUUUAUUGAAAACAGCCGAAGAAUCUGAAUAUCCUGUUUUGGUUCAUACGCCAAUGUCUGGUAUGAACGAACAAGGAAUUAUCAUUGAACGUACAAUCAAAGAUGUAUUUUGGAUCACUUCUGUUUUGAUAAUGAUACUUUUUCUUCUGUUUAUACCAAGCGUAGUGUCUGCCAUCCUCGUUGCGAUUUCGGUAGUUUCUACCAUUGUAGAAACCUUAGGAUACAUGUCUCUAUGGGGCGUAAACAUGGACAUUUUGUCUAUGAUGAGUCUGAUAUUAUGUGUUGGUUUCUGUGUCAAUUAUCCGGCGCACAUAUCUUACGCCUUCGUGUCUUCGUCAUACAAAAGCCCGAAUGAAAAGUUGAAGGACGUUCUCUAUCAUAUUGGUUAUCCAAUAUGCCAAGGUUCUCUGUCCACCAUUUUCGGAAUUCUGUUUUUAUACAGAGAUAUGUACGCCUACAUGAUAUUUGUGAAAAUUGUAUUAUUAAUUGCUAUAGAAACUGCAUUUCACGCGUUAUUUUUUAUUCCUGUUACUCAUUCAUAUAUAUCGUCAAUAUUUCAUAAAAAUAAUUUUUCAAAGUGA